UUUCUUACUUUUUUACAAACUUUUUGUUUUACUACAUUUAAUAGCCGUGAAUUUAAUCAUUACAGGAAGCUGCUCAAAGGUUUCAAAACAUAAUUACUUAUAUAUAUAUAUAGAUUUACUUCACUAAUUUUAUAGCUUAUUUUAACCAAUACUGAACCAACCUAUAACCAUUAUCAACGUUAACCUAACCCUAACCUUUAUUAAAUCCUAAUUGAAUAAUACAUCCUUACGUAUAUAACGCUGUACCAUUUUAAAACUACUUCUUAAAUUACAAAUACACAAUAACUACUUUUGUCUUCUUUGUGUCAAAACUGUAGGAUCCUAUAGAUAAAAACCUACCCAACACGAACCGUAUUCUAAAUUGCAGGAAACCAUAAAGGAAAAAAAGAUAAAUAUUUAUAAAUGCCAACAAUAAUUAGUGAAUUAAAGAGUACAAUGCUAUUAUUAUUCCAUUAUUGUCUGUAGAAGUAACUUAUAAGAAUUUAAUUUUAGAAACAUAACAACUACUCGAUGACAUCGCCUCGCCUACCAAGGAUAUAACUGAAGACCAAACUAAUCAAAUUAUCUCGCAACAAGAUUGUAUGAUGGAAGAUAAAGCACCUAAAAAGAAUAUAGUACAUGAAAUAACUUUGACAAGUGAAAACGUGCAGAGCUGGCAAGUAUUAAUAAUGGAAGAAAAAGAAAACCAGGUGGUACAAAAUAACACAGCUUCCCCUUACUACAGUGAAAUGUAUAGAAAAAGAUUUGGAAGACCCCCAUCUUUAAUAAGCUCAGAAAGUCCAAGCAAAAGGAUCUAUUUACAGGAAAUUAAUGGGAACCAGUCCACACAUGGAUUUUUCAACACUGGUAUCACGCAGUAUUUUGAUAGUGAACAAAUGUAUCCCGUUGAAUUGUUUGGUAAAAACUCCCUGGACGAUAUGACCAGCUACAUGUUUUAUAAUGAAGGAGAUAUAGUUGACUACAGAACCAAUCCUGCUAUGAACAAAGGGACUGCGGUUUUUAGCAGCGGUUUCUGGAGAAGAGGUGUAGUGAUACGAAUAGAUAAGUGUCCUAGACGAGGCACGCUUUACACUGUUAAAGAUGACAUAACAGACUUCUGUUUUCAAAUAAACAGACUCCAGAUUCGAAUAGCAAAAUAA